AUGUUCGAAAUCAGCCGAACCCUGAACGCCGCCUUGUUGAGCAAUGAGUAUCUGAAGAUGAUGGUAAGGUACUCCCAGUACUCUGCACUAGCCCAGGCUGAAGGCUCCAUCCCAGGCAUGGGCUCCCUGCUUUUACCCCACGAUCCAUCCAGCCAGCCGGGGGCCAGGUCACUGGGGGGAUCGACAGAGACUCAGUGGCGUCAGGCAGACUUGCCGCAGCUCCAGGGCUGGGCUGACAAGGGACUGCUGACACAGCCAAAGAUGAUAAUCAGUAACAUGGAGCCUCAGGUGACGAAUGGGCCGAACCCAGCCACAGCCAACGGGCCAUCGAGCAACAACCGCAGUUGCCCGUCGCCCAUGCAGACCAGCAGCUCCAACGACGACAGCAAGACCAACCUCAUCGUCAACUACCUGCCCCAGAACAUGACCCAAGAGGAGUUCCGCAGCCUUUUCGGCAGCAUUGGCGAAAUUGAGUCCUGCAAGCUGGUCCGCGACAAAAUCACAGGACAGAGUCUUGGAUAUGGUUUUGUCAACUACAUUGACCCAAAGGAUGCAGAGAAAGCCAUCAACACAUUAAAUGGACUCAGACUUCAAACCAAAACUAUCAAGGUGUCAUAUGCACGGCCCAGCUCAGCCUCUAUCCGUGAUGCUAACCUGUACGUGAGUGGCCUGCCUAAGACCAUGACCCAGAAAGAGCUGGAGCAACUUUUCUCCCAGUAUGGACGAAUCAUCACUUCACGUAUCCUCGUUGACCAGGUCACAGGACCCCAGGGUGGUUCGCGUGGCGUAGGCUUCAUUCGAUUUGAUAAGAGAAUAGAGGCUGAGGAGGCCAUCAAGGGCCUGAAUGGACAGAAGCCCUCCGGAGCAGCUGAGCCCAUCACGGUGAAAUUUGCCAACAACCCGAGCCAAAAGACAAGCCAGGCCCUGCUCUCGCAGCUCUACCAGUCCCCAAACCGCCGUUAUCCUGGGCCCCUGCACCACCAAGCCCAGAGGUUCAGGCUGGACAAUUUGCUUAAUAUGGCCUAUGGCGUUAAGAGGUUCUCUCCCAUCACCAUAGAUAGCAUGACCAGUCUAGUAGGGAUGAACAUUCCCGGGCACACCGGCACUGGCUGGUGCAUCUUCGUCUAUAACCUGUCUCCAGACUCAGACGAAAGUGUGCUUUGGCAGCUCUUUGGGCCGUUCGGUGCCGUCAACAAUGUCAAGGUGAUCCGAGACUUCAACACCAACAAGUGCAAAGGGUUCGGCUUCGUCACCAUGACGAACUACGACGAGGCGGCUAUGGCUAUCGCAAGUCUGAACGGGUACCGGCUUGGCGACCGCGUGCUGCAGGUCUCCUUCAAGACCAACAAGACCCACAAGUCCUGAACUCCCUCCCCACUGUCGUGUAGCCCCUUCAAACACACCACUACUAACACCCACCUCAGCCCACACAGCAAGACAGGAA